AUGAAACAAAUUUUACCUCGCCAUCGUACGGAUCGACAUGGCUGCUGUUUCUCUCCGUCUCGUCGUCGUCGUCGUCGUCGCCGUCGCCGUCACGAUCUCCGUCCGGAGCGCCGCCGCCACGGUCACCGUGGAGGACGCGUGCCGGCACACGAAGCACGAGGCGUACUGCGUGAAGGUGCUGUCGGCGAGGCCGGAGAGCAAGGCGGCGGCGGACAUGCCGGCGCUGGCGGAGCUGGCGCUGUCGCUGGCGGCGGAGAGCGGGGCGGAGGCGGCGAGCUUCGUGAGGAACCUGGAGAAGAUGCCCGGCGGGAUGCCGCCGGAGUGCCUGGAGGGGUGCUUGGCCAAGUUCCAGGAUGCGGUGGCGGAGCUGCGGCGGUCCAAGGCCGCGCUGGAGGAGCGCCGGGACGCCGUCGGCGCGAAGGUGGGGGUGUCGGAGGCGAGGGCGGACGGCGACACGUGCAUGGAGGAGUGCCAGAAGGUGGAGGGCGGCGCCGCGCCGGACAUCGUCGACAGGAUCGGCGAGCUCGGCAAGCUCUGCGCCGUCGCCCUCGCCCUCACCGACGCGUCCAUGAGCAAACGCCCGUAGCACCCACCGCCGCAUGAACUAACACGUCCAAGAAGAAGCACCAUUUUGCAUUGUUUCAAAAUUUGUAACAAAAUUUCUUGACCGAAUCUAGAGCACAUCAAGUUAUGUAAAUCUUUGCCGAAUUUCAAUUCCAGGAAUAAAUUUUGUAUUGACCGUG